AUGUAUAUUUUAACCACCGACGUUACAGCAAAUCUUAAUGCAUUCAGCGGUUCAACAACAGCUGAAAUUUCUAAUGAAUCAAGCGAUUCACAAAGAGAAACAACAGAAACAGAAACAACAACAACAACAACAACAACAACACCAAUAACAACAACAAUAAUAACAAUAACACCAACAACAACAACAAUGAUGACAGAAACGGCUACUUGCCCAUAUCCGGAAAUGGUUAUCUUAUUCAAUGAUGCCCAUUGCAUUUCUCGAACUACUUACACAGGAAUUUUUUUAACGAGUAUUAUAUUGGCUGGCAUCUCUUUUCUUUUGAUCAUUACAGCAGAUAAACGUGCUAAUCAAUCUUCUUCUAACAACUAUUAUGCUAUUGCAGAGAUACAAUCAAUACCUUCUGCUCCUUAUACAACUGCAAAACCCGUUGCUAAAUCAUCAACUAAGAUUCAACCAAAAGAUGUCAAUCAAAAGCGAAUCGAUUCUCAUGAAAUGGUUUCUGCACCCACUAGCAAAGCAUCUAGAAAUAAUCCUCGUCUUCCAACAUCAUCUCAACCUCGAAAAACAGCCGGUCAAGAGGGUCGUAGUGGAAAAGCGCGCAAAAGUAAUAUUGAUGAAAACAACAUACUAUCCACAGAUUUUUAA